UACACACCUGCCAAUACUCAAUACUCACCAUUCGAGGGCAAACACAAUACUCAAUACUCACCAUUCGAGGCCAAACACAAUACUCAAUACUCACCAUUCGAGGCCAAACACAAUACUCAAUACUCACCAUUCGAGGCCAAACACAAUACUCUAUACUCACCAUUCGAGGCCAAACACAAUACUCAAUACUCACCAUUCGAGGGCAAACACAAUACUCAAUACUCUCCAUUCGAGGCCAAACACAAUACUCAAUACUCGUCAUUCGAGGGCAAACACAAUACUCAAUACUCGCCAUUCGAGGGCAAACACAAUACUCAAUACUCACCAUUCGAGGGCAAAAACCCAUUUCAGGGGUGUACACUACACAUUAUAUAG